UUUUGUUUUCUCCCAAAAUUAGAGAUAAAGCCCAAUUCCCAAGACGGGGGUAGACGCAGAGUUGGAACUCCCGUUUGGAUCCAAACACCUUCUUCCCCGGCGGCAGCCAUGCCAGUCUUCAAGACCCCCUUCAACGGCUACGCCGUGAAGUUCAGCCCCUUCUACGAGCACCGCCUCGCCGUCGCCACCGCCCAGAACUUCGGCAUCCUCGGCAACGGCCGCCUCCACGUCCUCGACCUCUCCCCCGUCCCCGGCAGGCCUAUCAGCGAACUCGCCUCCUUCGACACCGCCGAUGGCGUCUACGACGUCGCCUGGUCGGAGUCCCACGAUUCCCUCCUCGUCGCCGCAAGCGCCGACGGCUCCGUCAAGCUCUACGACCUCUCGCUGCCUCCGACCUCCAACCCAGUCCGGUCUUUCCAGGAGCACACCCGAGAAACGCACUCCGUCGACUACAACCCAGUCCGCCGCGACUCCUUUCUGACUUCUUCCUGGGACGACACCGUCAAGCUCUGGACCAUCGAUCGCCCGGCCAGUGUCCGGACCUUCAAGGAGCAUGCCUAUUGUGUGUACUCAGUCACCUGGAACCCCCGUCAUGCAGAUGUAUUUGCCUCUGCUUCUGGUGAUUGCACUGCCCGUAUUUGGGAUGUGCGUGAGCCUGGUUCUACUAUGAUCCUGCCUGCCCAUGAAUUUGAAAUCCUAUCAUGUGAUUGGAACAAAUAUGAUGAUUGUGUCAUUGCCACCGCAUCUGUGGACAAGUCAAUCAAGGUGUGGGAUGUGAGAAGUUUCCGAAUCCCAGUAGCCGUGCUCAAUGGGCAUACCUAUGCAGUCAGGAAGCUUAAGUUUUCGCCUCACAGGGGCAGCUUGAUAGCUUCUUGUUCAUAUGAUAUGACAGUGUGCUUGUGGGAUUACAUGGUUGAGGAUGCUUUAGUCGGGAGGUACGAUCACCACACAGAAUUUGCAGUUGGGGUGGAUAUGAGUGUGCUUGUUGAGGGUCUCUUGGCAAGCACUGGAUGGGAUGAACUUGUGUAUGUUUGGCAAAAUGGGACAGAUCCCAGGGCUCCCUAGGAGGGAUUUGUUUCUUACAAUUUUUAGAUUAAUUUUGCGAACAUUGGAAUACUUGUUUUGGAAUGGGGGUUCACUGUAGUUGUUGUAGUUAUAAAUGUGCAAUACUUAGAAUUUUGAUCUCAUCAUUGAUGUUGAGGAAGAGCUUGGUCACUGAUUUUACGUCCACCUAGUCAAUUGAAAGUUGUACUUGAUGGGGGUUGCUGUUGUUGUGGCAUACCUAAAUUGUGAAUUGUGUUCACAAUCCAUGUAUAUGUUGUAAUUGGAAUUUCAAUCAAGCGUUCAAAUUUGGCGUUUACU